AGGUAAACACAUUAAGAAUAACAAACAAUUUUAAUAUUUAUUUUUCAUUCAUCAGUCAACUAACAACAGAUGCUUUGCAAACAUUUGCGUCAAACUGCAAAACUCUAAUACAGCAAUACGGAUUACAUGGGAUUGAUAUUGCUUGGCUAAAUCCAAUUGAGAGCGAAAAAGCUAGAUAUGAAAAUGUAUUAAAGAUUUUGCGACAAACACUAGGACCAAAUGCAGUAAUCACGGCAAAGGUUCCUACUAGUGUUAAAGAUUUUGAUGGAUUCGAUGAAGUAGCGAUGAAUAACUAUCUAGAUUAUGUAUUGUUGAUGACAUACGAUUUUCAUGAUCCCAUGUUUAAAAUGUUUACUGGAUAUAGCACACCUCUAUUUGGCGGACCUGAUACAAUUAAAGGAUGCGCUGAUGAAUGGAUAAAAAAGGGUCUUGGAAACGAUAAAAUUGUAAUUGGGUUGGCAUUUUAUAGUAUUACUUGGAAAUUGAAAAAUUCAAACAAUAUUGGUGUUGGCGCAGAGUCACUAGGCCCUGGAUAUGGUCUUGAUGGAAGGUUGCCUUGGAAUUAUAUAAAUGUUGCAGCUUGGGACAGAUAUUGGGAUGACAUAGCGAAAGUACCUUACGCUGUUAAAGGCAUACAGUGGCUGAGUUACGAUAAUGAGACGAGCCUGGAAGCUAAGAUUGAAUGGAUGUGUCAGAACAACUAUCAAGGGGUGAUGAUUAACGAGAUAGCUAUGGAAAAGACCCAAACUCUUAUUCAAUUCGUCCGAAAUGCAAUAAACUACUAUUGCGGAGAAGGCACAACUGUUACCAACCCAGCAUCGACAACCACGGAGGAAUGGUAUACGCCGACUACGACCGAUAAUAACCCUGAUUGCAGUACGGAUACUGACACGAUAUGUAAUAACGGCCAAUUACUAGCAAAAUAUCCUCCAGAUUGCAACAAAUACGUGGAUUGUCGAGCGCAAGAACGUCCAAUAAUGAGUUGCCCAUCCGAUUUACAAUUUGACGAAGUUAACCAAUAUUGUGACUACGAAUAUAAUGUUCACUGUAUUCCUUGUGAAACCUCACAUAUUAGAUAA